AUGGCGGGGCUGGAGCUGCUGUCGGACCAGGGGUACCGGGUGGACGGCAGGAAGGCCGGGGAGCUGCGGAAGAUCCAGGCCCGGAUGGGGGUGUUCGCUCAGGCGGACGGAUCGGCCUACAUAGAGCAGGGGAACACCAAGGCGCUGGCGGUGGUGUACGGGCCGCAUGAGAUUCGGGGGUCUCGCAGUAAGACCCUCCAUGACCGCGCGGUGGUGAACUGCCAGUACAGCAUGGCCACAUUCAGCACGGGAGAAAGGAAACGCCGGCCGCAUGGAGACCGCAAAUCCAGCGAGAUGACCCUGCACCUGAAGCAGACGUUCGAGGCUGCCAUCCUCACUCAGCUGUACCCGCGCUCCCAGAUUGACAUCUACGUGCAGAUCCUGCAAGCUGACGGCGGGAACUACUGCACCUGUGUCAACGCAGCCACGCUGGCCGUGAUCGACGCCGGAAUCCCUAUGCGGGACUAUGUCUGCGCCUCCUCCGCCGGCUUCAUCGAGGACACGCCGCUGGCAGACUUGAGCUACGUGGAGGAGGCAGCCGGCGGGCCCCAGCUGGCACUGGCGCUGUUACCGAAGUCCGACCAGAUAGCGUUGCUGGAGAUGAACUCGCGGCUGCACGAGGAUAACAUGGAGCGCGUGAUGGACGCGGCCAGUAAGGCUUGUAAGGACGUGUACGCCGUGCUGGACCAAGUAGUGCGGGAACACCUGCAGGAGGUCUCGGCACUGGUGGGAGACCACGGGUCAGCGUGACGGCUGCGUCAUGCGGCUACUUAGACUUCUGAUGGCCUGUAACAUAGCGCAGAAGGGAUGGAGGAUGGUCCUAGAUGAUAUAGACUGCAAAACCGUGGCGGUAUUCAUCCGAUAAACUAGGCAACAAGAGUCUCAGAACUUUACAUAUGUGAAUAAUAAUCUUACCAACCUUUUUACACCCACGUUCCACAUUUUCUAUGUCGUGUAAUAAACACGUCCUUUUGUUGUAAGAAAGAA